GGGAGUGGCAUUACUGUUCUGGAACGAGAAGAGCAGCCGUUCAGAAACGUUACCCAGCGAGUUACACUUAUUUAUAAACUCGUAUUUCUUGAAAGCGGCUCUUUGUUUCGGUCUCUAAAUCGUCAGUUGGGACACUUUGAAGGUUAACGUGUGAACACGGUGAUAAACGGUAAAAGCCGCAAUGGCGUCGCCUCUGCAGAUGACAGAGAUGUACGACAACGCACUGCUCGGGAUCCUGCAGCACGUUGGAAACAUCCAGGACUUUCUUCAGGUCUAUUUUGGGUUCCUGUACCGUAAAACCGACUUCUACCGACUGCUGUCGAGUCCCAACGACAAGAUGGGGUUUCCUCCCGGUGUGGCGGAGAAGAUGGUGUUUAAGACGUUCAAGGUGUUUGAGAAGCUGGCAGACCACGACAGAGAGAGGCAGCUGAGCGAGCUGCAAAAAAGAGAGCAGAAUCAGUGUGUUCCUCCAGCAGUUCAGGAGCUGGAGGUCACCGCAGAGGAGACAGAGGAGCAGAGCACAGAGGCCGCACAGACGGAGAGUUCUCCCUCAGAUGCUGGAGGAGUUACAGCUCCUGCCUCCUCAGAAGCGACUGUCAGCCCUCAGCCUGAGGACAGCAGCUCAGGUUCAGGACAGGUAGCUCAAGGAGACCAGGCAGCUGCAGCUGCUACGACCUCAGCAAAAGGGACUCAAGAGAAGUAUCAGUCAGACCCUGACAGUUACAACGGGGCUGUGAGGGAAAACUACAGCUGGUCUCAGGACUACACUGAUGUGGAGGUCCGCGUGUUUGUGCCAAAGACGAUCAUUAAAGGCCGACAGGUCAGAGUCAAUCUGCAGACCAGCAGCCUCCAGGUGUGUGUGAGGGACGGAGCCGAAGACAAAACACUGAUGGAGGGAGAAUUCACUCACAAGAUCAACACUGAGAACUCUCUGUGGAGUCUGGAGCCUGGAAACUGUGUGGUCCUGUCGCUCAGUAAGACCUCGGAGGUUUGGUGGAACGCAGUGCUGAAGGGAGAGAAGGAGAUUGAUAUCAACCAAAUUAACCGCGAGCGCUCCAUGGCAACGGUCGAUGAGGAGGAGCACGCCGUUCUGGACAGACUCUCCUUCGACUACCAUCAGAAGCUGCAGGGGAAACCACAGAGUCACGAAAUGAAGGUGCACGACAUGCUGAAGAAGGGCUGGGACGCUGAGGGCUCACCGUUCAAAGGGCAGCAGUUCGACCCCUCCAUGUUUGACAUCCCACCCAGCGCGGUGCAGUUCUGAGGCAUGGCCCAAACUCAGCCAAAUAUGAACUGAAUCUUUCUUUAUGUGCAGAGCCGGUGGUUGUAAAGUCAACUUUUACCGGCCGGUCUGGUGUGUUGGACGUUUGUCCUUAACUGUAAGAGCAGAACUGACACUGGCAUUGUGUGGAAUGGGAAUACAGACGAGGACAUGUCAGUAUAUCAAAUGUUUAUUUGAUGUUUUGGCAGAAUGAAAUCUGAUAAAUGUGUGAACUUUGUUAAUUGAUUUGCUCUUUAUUUAAUAACACAGUGCCUAUAUGUGUGAUUCUGUUAUUAUUGUUCUGUUUCAUCUCUCAGUAGCCAGGUUUCCAUCCAAACGUAGUGCAAAUUUUAAACGAAUUUCCAGAAAAUCCUCUAAAGAAAAUCCGCUGCUCUUGGGCAAAUAUUAACAGUUAAUUCAUCAAGAUAAACAACAGGUAAACCCUGAAGCUAGAAAACUAUUUGUGGGCACCAUCUUUGUGUCUGGUAUCCAGCUCAGGGUGUCUGCAGGUUCUUUAAAAGUUUGAAAACCUCCUAAAUCCAAUUUUAUAUAUAUGUUGCGGACUCCAAAUAAGUUAAAAAAUAGCCGCCCACAGAUGCCAUGGUGGGAGAUAUGAAGACCUCACUGUCUUUGGUUUAGUUUUACUCACCGUUUGAUGAUCCAGGUGCUUUGGUUGGUUUCAGAGUUGACUGAUUGCAGGAUGUGUGGAGGUUUGCACGGUGACGCUAUGAACUUAUCGUCUUGAAUGUCGCGUUAAAAAAAUGAAAGCAAAAAAAAGCUGUGUAGAUCCUCUGGGUGUGGGGCAGCCAUGGUUUCACAGGCAUGGAUGGAAUCUGGAGGCGUACAACCGCAAAGCAGUAACUCUGGUUAUCCUUUUGUGAAUCCAGUGCCGUUCCGUAUGUUGAGAUGUUGUGUGUGCAGUGAUUAACCAUGUACAAACAAUUCAAACUACCUGGCCCUUAAAGGAAAACCAAAAAUUCAGUGUCAGCUAGUUUAAGGGUUUAAAUCCACCCCAUUUUGCAGACAAAAAUAAUGUCAAUGUUUUUUUUAUUAUUCUUUAUUAUUAUUAUAUUACAUUAAAACUAAGUUACCACCUCAACUGAACUGUGAACUGCAUGUCAGUAAUCUCAUUUAAUACUGCUACUUCCACCUAUGAAAUAUUAUGAAAAUUAAAUUAGCUGUGUCGUUUCCUGACCUUAAAAAAAAAAAAAA